CAUUUCCAUUUUAUUUGUUUUGUCAUUUGAUUCUUGGCGUGUUGCUUUGAAAGAACAAUGUUGGCUAUUUUCCACAAGGCAUUUGCUAAUCCACCGGAGGAGCUGAACAGUCCAGCUUCUCACAAAUCUCCGAAGAAGCCUAAACAGCCUGAAGAAACCCUGAAUGACUUCCUCUCUCAUCACCCUCACAACACUUUCUCCAUGAGCUUCGGCAACGCUGCCGUUUUGGCUUACGUCCGCCAUGAAAGCCAGCCUUCUAUCAAUCAGAGGCUGUUCUGUGGGUUUGAUGACAUGUAUUGCCUCUUCCUAGGGAGCUUGAACAACCUGAACAUGUUGAACAGACAAUACGGGCUUUCGAAAGGGAGCAAUGAGGCCAUGUUUGUGAUCGAAGCAUACAGGACCUUAAGAGAUAGGGGUCCUUACCCUGCUGAUCAGGUCGUCAAGGAUCUAGAUGGAAGCUUUGCCUUUGUCAUCUACGACAGCAAGACCGGAACUGUGUUUGCCGCACUGGGCUCAGAUGGUGGAGUCAAGCUGUACUGGGGAAUUUCAGCUGAUGGCUCUGUGGUGAUAUCAGAUGAUUUGGAGGUCAUCAAAGAAGGGUGUGCCAAAUCCUUUGCCCCAUUCCCGAAAGGGUUCAUGUUCCAUAGCGAAGGGGGGCUGAUGAGCUUCGAGCAUCCGAUGAACAAGAUCAGGGCAAUGCCGAGAGUAGACAGUGAAGGAGUGAUUUGUGGUUCCAAUUUCAAGGUUGAUGUUUACUCCAGAGUUAACAGCAUCCCACGAGUGGGGAGUGAAACUAAUUGGACUGACUGGGGUUCCCAUUAAUAAUAUGGAGAAUUACAUAUAAAAAUGGUGACAUGCCAUGGAUGUGGUGUUCUUUCAAAGCUU